UGUGUGUGUCUAUGUGCGUAUCUGCAUGCAUCUGUGCAUGCAUGUCUGUCUGUGUGUGAAUAUCUGUGUGUCUGCAUAUCGGUGCAUGUCUGCUUCCUGCAGGAGCAAGGAGUUUCAGCCACACAGCUUGCCUGAAGCCCCUCCCUUGGCCCUGGUGAGGGCAGGUGCCCAGGCUUGGCCCAGCCAGGUGCUUGGACUCCUGGACAGGAGGUGGAGCACAUGAGCUGUAUGCAAAAGUGCAGUGAGCCAUGCCAUGUCCAUGGGGCUGUGCAGAUGGCCUCUGCUCAGGCUGCCCUGGAGCCAGCGCUGGAGAUGUGUGCACAUGCUGCUCUUUGCUAAAAAGAGACAGACAGCAUCAGCAACAACACCUGUACAGGGAGUGGUGCCAGAGUGGCCCCUUCCCAUAGCCCUGGGGGCAGGGGCCAUGGUGCCUGCACUGUGGCUCUCAGCAUCAGUGCUGGGUGUCCUGUCCCAAGCUUGGCCUGGAGUCAGGAGCCUUCAAGCUGGCAGAGUCUAAUUGCCUCCUUGCUCCCUCGGUGCCUCCCAGUUCCAAAGGCAGGAACACCCCCAAGGGCUGUGUGCAGGCAUGCUCCCACCAGAGCUGGACCUGAGGGAUGGGGAACUGUGGUCACUGGCCUGAGGUGGGAGAGUUGUGGAGGGACCAAGAGGGGACCAGGCUGCUGCCCACAGGGGCCUAGCUCCCAGGAAGGGAGGUGUGGGGGGUACCCAAACCACAGAGGGAUUCCAGGCACCCCGAGUGCUGCCCUGUGCCAGUGGGCACCCUGCCAGGCAGAUCCCCUGCGCACGCAGCCCCAGGAUGCUGUCAUGUGGUUUGACACCCUGGGACUCAUUUCCAAACAUGUAUUUCCUCUGCUGCGGUGUGUGUAAAAGACUCUGUGGGCAGGACUCGUGCUCACUCACCUCCUGUCACAGCACACAGGCUGCUAGCAAGAACAUGGGCUGCCUGCUUGCCCGUCACUCUGGUGCCAGGCCAUGACCCCCUCGGCUUGCUGGCCACUCCACAACGGACUUUCUCUCUGCAUUGCCCUGUUAUGACCAGCCCAGAUCGGGCUCAAGAAUGAAGAGCUGGUCCUUGACGGUAGCCUGGGUUUGUCUGACUGCGCUCCUUGUGGUGACAGGCAGCAGGUCUGAGCCCCCAGGUCCCAGGUGGCCUCAUGCUUAUGAGCACCGUGACAAGCUGAGGACGGAGAGGAGCCCACUGGAGCAGGCUUCUAAGCUCUCUUGCCCGGAUGAUCAGGUGCAGCCUCGAGGCACCCAGCACUGCUGCCAAAUGUGCCCAUCAGGGACAUUCAUGGAGUCCCCCUGUGCCCACGCCGGUGAGAAGCCUACCUGCAGGCACUGCCCCACUGGCACCUUCCUCUCUGCCUGCAACACCAUGCAUGAGUGCCACGCCUGCUCUGAGUGCGAUGCCCAAGUUUCCCAGGUCGUGCUGAAGAACUGUACAGCCACCAGCAACGUGGAGUGUGGCUGCCGGCCGGGCUACUUCCAGCAGUGCAGCCAGCAUUCCUGUGAGGACUUCACCUGCACACAGUGUCGCCAGUGCCGGGGCAGAUCCACUCGCCGCAACUGUUCAUCCAGGGAGGACACACAGUGUGGGGACUGCCAGCCUGGCUUCUUCCUGGAGGGCAGCGAGUGCCAGCCCUGUGCCAGCAAGGGCCUCGAGUGGUGUGGUGACAGCUGUGAGAAGACAUGUGGCAACCCCAACAUGCCUGCAGGAACCGGCCUGGAGUACCUCUUGCUAUGCCUCAUUGGGCCCCUCCUCCUGGGAGCUCUUGUCGCCUACCACAAGAGGAGGCAGCUUAGCCAGGACACCUUGAGCACUGAUGAGGCUGCAGUUCGAGACUUGAUGCUGCGGAAGGCUGAGCCACCGUGUUUGCCUGAUGCCACAGCCCCAAGGCUGGAGUCCCAGAACCUGCUCCAGCUGAACCUAACAGAGUCACUGCAGAUGAAUGGUGUUGCCUGGGCCGCUAGCGCCUCCUGCAGCUUGUCCUCCAAGGAGCCCCGCCAGGAUGCACCAAGCCCCCCACGUGGCAACGUGCUGCAGCAGGGCAGCCAGCUGUAUGACAUCAUUGAUGCAGUACCUGUGCGGCGCUGGAAGGAGUUCAUGCGGGUGCUGGAGCUGCGGGAUGCUGAGAUUGAAGUGGUGGAGAUGGAGUUCACCCAUGUCCGGGACCAGCAGUAUGAGAUGCUGAAGCGCUGGUGCCAGCAGCGGCAAGCCACGCCCAAUGCUGUCAUCCAUGCCCUGGAGCGCAUGGAGCUGUCUGGGUGUGCUGAGGAGCUCCGGCAUCGGCUUCAGUGCUGCUCGUGAGCCAGUGCCCAGCCCAUCACCCUUAAGUGACAGAGCCAGCCUGGACGUGAGGGCCUGGGCAGCACAUUGAUAGAAAGGACUUGCCUUCCUGCCUUCCUGGCAUUAGCUGGACCAGGAGGCCCUGGCUUCCCCUCGCAGCAGGUGUUGGUGCUCUGCACUGUGUUGUGAAAAAGGCUCAUGGCACAGCCAAGCCUGUGGCAGCCCCUCAACACUGCAAGAGCAAGAGGCAUGCAGGGAAGCACAGCAUAGCCUGCUCCCUGCCCUGGCCUUCCCAGAGACUUCAGCUCCAACUCUAUAAACACUAGGACCACAGGAGCCCAGACCCUGCUCAUUUGCCCCCUGGACACAAUGGUCCCUGGGGCCUCAGGGCUCACACACACCUGUGCCAGCUACCUUGGCAUUUUGGCCUGCCUCAUUAGCCCUAAGCUAUGCCAGUGAACCCUUGGGCAUGCUCAGCUAGCUGCACAGGGCCUGGUUCAGCACAGGGGCUUUGCCCCAGGUGCUCCCAUCACCGACAGAGGCAAAUGUGCCUCACUGCUAGUGAUGAAGCAUAGGCAGGGUGAGUUUCCCAGUCAUGGGGGUGUUUGAUGAGAGCUCCAUCUGCCACAGGCCACUCAGGAGGUUGCUGGGGCGUGGGAGAGACCUGUGGCUCUCCCAUAUUGCUGGAAGUGG